AUGAAAGAAAAAAUAGUGAGCGGGGUAACAUGGAAUGUGGCAGGGUUAAAAAGAAAAGAAGAGGAUUUCUGGGAAUUUCUAAAAGAUUUUGAUAUAAUUGGUCUGACAGAAACAUGGGUAGAUGGAAGGGAGUGGGAGAAAUUAAAGGAGAAGAUGCCAGAGGGGUGGAAGUGGAGAUGUCAACCGGCAAGUAAAGAAUGUAGGAAAGGGAGAGCGAAAGGGGGAAUUAUUACUGGAAUGAGAGUGGAGUUGGAGGAGAUAGACAUUGGGUAUGAAGAGAAAGAGGGGUUUCAAGAAAGGGCUAUGAAGACGGAUGGAGAAAAAUGGAGAGUAGUAACAGUAUAUAAUAGAGAUGGAAAUAAAAAAGUGUUGGACAAUUUAAAGGAAUGGAUUAAAGAGGGGGAAGAAGAGAUUUUGGUGUUGGCCGGGGAUUUCAAUGCAAGAGUAGGAAAAAACGGAGGGUGGGAGAAUAAGGAAGAAGGAGAAGAUGAAGAGAGGGAGUCAAAGGACGAAAUUAUAAACAAGCAAGGGAGAGACUUGAUAGAUUUAAUAGAAGAAAGAGGGUGGAUAUUGCUAAAUGGGGGGAAAUAUGGGGAUGAGGAGGGAGAAUGGACAUACGAAAAGGCGGGUAAGAAGUCAGUAAUUGACUAUGGAAUAGUGAAUUGGGAGGGAUGGCAAAGAGUGGCCAAGUUUGAAGUAGGAUGCAGGGUGGAAUCAGACCAUCAGCCGCUGAUAUUUGAAAUCAAGAACCAGUAUGCAAGGCAAGAAGAGAAAGGGGAAGAAGAGGGAAGAGUGCAAGAUUGGUCGGAAGAGGGAGUAAGAGAGUACAGGAAGAGGAUGGAAGAAGUGGAAUGGAAAGAGGAAGACAAAGAGGUAAAUGAGGAGUGGGAAGAGAUAGAAAGAGAAAUAACGAAGGCGGUGAAAGUCAGGAGAAAAGGGAAGAGGAGAAGAAUAGGAGGUAGGAAAAAGAAGGAGGGAGUGUGUAAAGAAAUUGAAAUGCGGGAAUGGGAAAAACAUUUUAAAGAGGCAUUGGGAGGAGUAGAGGAAAAGAAGGAAAUUACACAGAGAAAGAAGAGGAGUAAAAAGGGAGAAGAGGGGAUAAAUCAAGAAGAGGUAAAUAUGGAGAUAAAGAGGUUAAAAAAGGGAAAGGCAGCAGGAUUAGAUGGAAUUAGAAACGAGGCAUGGAAAGAAGGUGGAGAGAAGAUUAGUAUUAAGGUGGGUAGAGUAAUAAAAAGAGUGUGGGAGGGGGACGGCUUUCCUGAGAAAUGGAGAGUGGGGGUGGUGGUACCAAUCUGGAAGAGAGGAGACAGGAAGGAAACAGCAAACCAUAGAGGAGUGACACUUACAAGUACCGGAUAUAAAAUGUAUGCAAAUAUAUUGAAUAAGAGGUUGGUGAAAGAUUUGGAUGAAAAAGGUGGAUGGAGUAGAUCACAAGCGGGGUUUAGAAAGGGAAGAGGAACAGUGGAGAAUAUAAAAAUAUUGAAGCAUGUGAUAGGAAAAGGGAUGAAGAAGAAAGAAAGAGUAUACGCUUUGUUUGUGGACCUAAAGGCGGCCUUUGAUAGGUUAGAUAGGAAAAUUUUGUGGGAAAUGAUGAGAAAACGGAAGAUAAAUGAAGACCUGAUACAGAGAGUAGAAGAAAUAUACGAGGAGACGCGGUGUGUAGUAAAAAUAGGAGAGGAAGUAUCGAAAGAAUUUUGGGUAGAGAAAGGUGUGAGACAAGGGUGCCCCUUGAGCCCGACCUUAUUUAAUAUAUAUUUGGCGGACAUAGAGGAAGAAUUGAAGAAAGGAAGGGGAGGAGUUAAAAUAGGAAAUGAUAGAGUUUGGUCGAUCGAAUAUGCGGACGAUAUCAUGUUGGUAGCAGAUGGGGAGGACGGUCUAAGAGAUAUGAUUAGAAGAUUCAAAAAAUACCUGGAAGAGAAAAAAUUAGAAAUAAGCACUGAAAAAUCAAAGGUCAUGGUGUUUAAGAAUAAAGGAGGAAGGGAAAAAGAGAGAUUUUGGUGGUGGGGAAAGGACAGAUUAGAAGAAGUUAAAAAAUAUAAGUACCUGGGAUACAUGAUGACAAGGAAUGGGGAAGAUAAGGAGCACAUUAGGGAGAGGAUAAGAAAGGCAAGAGUGGCAAUGGGUUGGAUUUGGAGUUACGGAGAGAGGAAAUUUAAGGGGGAUGUGAGAUGGAGGCUAAAGCUGUUUGACAGCGUAGUUAAAGGGAUUUUAUACUAUGGGGUGGAAAUAUGGGGUUAUAAAGAGUGGAAAGAAAUUGAAGCCGUACAGGAUAAGUACUUGAAAUGGGUAUUAGGACUGGAAAGGACAACACCAGGUUAUAUCGUUAGGGAGGAAUUAAAAAGAAAUAAACUUAGAGUGGAGACAGGCUGGCGGGCAGGGAGAUGGGAAGAAAGGAUAGAGAAAGGAGAAGGAGGAGAGAUUGGGAAAUUGUGUAUGAUGGAGAGGAGAAAGGAGGAAAGGAAAAGCGAGUGGAUAGAUUGGACAAGAGAGAGUGUAGAGAGAAGGGAUUAUUUAUGGAGAGGAGGCGUCAGUGAGAUAAGUCUAAAUGAAUAUUGGGAGAACAAAUGGGACAGGAGUCAAUGGUAUACCAGAGUACAUCCGAAGGUGUGGAAGGAAAAAAGGGAAGAAGAUGGUACAAAUAGCAAGAUGGAGAUGUGGGAAUGA